GGCGUUGCCUGCGCAGCAGUAGAGCCUUCCACAGCGCUAGCCAGCAGAUUCUGGGAGGGUGUGCUGAGUCGGAGAAAGGUGAGGCGAACGCUGAUUACGCGAUAAACGGAUGCUUAUUGCGGUAUUCUCUUAAAUCAAUUAAUUGCGACUAGGGCCUCGGGCUAUUUAGGGCCAGCGAAAUUUUAGCCUUAGUGGGCAGUGGGUACGGAGGCGCCAGAGCCGGGCAGCUGCAGUCGUACUCGCCCUCCGCGGCCGCCAUCCAUACCAUGCAGUCACUGGAGGAAACCCCGAGCUCUAGCCCUGUCGCCAGCCCCCGUGGGGGGAAACAGCCCAAGAAGAUCCACAAACCCACGGUAUCGGCUUUUUUCACGGGCCCAGAGGAGCUGAGAGAUUUGUUUCAUUCUGCAACUGUGAUGACACAGCUCAAGUCCUUCUAUGACGCGCGGCUGCUCUGCGAUGUGACCAUCGAGGUGGUGACACCGGGUAGCGGGCCUGGCACGGGUCGCCUUUUCCAUUGUAACCGCAACAUCUUGGCGGCUGCGUGCCCCUACUUCAAGAGCAUGUUCACGGGCGGGAUGUACGAGAGCCAGCAGGCGAGUGUGACGAUGCACGAUGUGGACGCGGAGUCCUUCGAGGUGCUGGUUGACUACUGCUACACCGGCCGUGUGUUGCUGAGCGAAGCCAACGUGCAGCGCCUCUAUGCUGCCUCUGACAUGCUGCAGCUGGAGUACGUGCGGGAAGCCUGCGCCUCCUUCCUAGCCCGGCGCCUGGACCUGACCAACUGCACUGCCAUCUUCAAGUUUGCUGACGUCUUCGGCCAUUACCAGCUACAGUCUGAGGCCGAGUCGUUCAUCGCGCACAACUUCAAGCAGCUCAGCCAGAUGGAUUCAGUUAGGGAGGAGAGUCUAGCAGAUCUGACCCUGGAGCAGCUGCUGGCUGUGCUGCGCUUGGACAGUCUGGACGUAGACAGUGAACAGACUGUGUGUCAGGUGGGCUUGCAGUGGCUGGAAGCUGCACCCAAAGAGCGGGGUCCCAGUGCAGCAGAAGUCUUCAAGUGCGUCCGCUGGACACACUUCACUGACAAGGAUCGAGACUACCUGGAAGGGCUGCUGACCAAGCCCCUUGUGAAGAAGCACUGCCUGGACGUUAUUGAGGGGGCCCUGCAGAUGCGCUAUGGUGACAUGAUGUACAAGACGCUGGUGCCCAAGCCAAACAGCAGCACCAGCUCUGCUGUUUCCUCAGCAGAAGAUCCAUCCCAGAGGAUAGGGAUGUGUGCCAAGGAGAUGGUGAUUCUCUUUGGACACCCCAGAGAUCCCUUUGUGUGCUGCGACCCCUAUUCAGGGGAUAUUUACACUGUGCCAUCACCUUUGACCAGCCUGGCUCACACCAAGACCAUCACCUCCUCAGCUGUCUGUAUCUCUCCUGACCAUGACAUCUAUCUAGCUGCCCAGCCCAGGAAAGACCUCUGGGUAUACAAACCAGCCCAGAAUAGCUGGCAGGAACUUGCAGACCGCUUGCUGUGUCGUGUGGGCAUGGAUAUGGCUUACCUCGAUGGCUACAUUUACAUUUUGGGUGGGCGAGACCCUGUUACUGGUGACAAAUUAAAGGAAGUGGAAUGCUACAGUGUUCAGAGGAACCAGUGGGCACUCGUGGAUCCGCUGCCCCGUUCUUUUAUAUCCUUUGACUUAUUAGUAAUUCAGAACUACCUUUAUGCUGUCAACAGUAAGCGCAUGUUUUGCUACGAUCCUAGCCAUAAUAUGUGGCUGAAAUGUAUUUCUCUUAAGCGGAGUGACUUUCAGGAUGCCUGUGUCUUCAAUGAUGAGAUCUAUUGUGUCUGUGACAUUCCAGUGGUGAAGGUCUACAACCCAUUCAGAGGAGAAUGGAGGCAGAUUAGAAACGUCCCCGUGGUGUCAGAGACCAACAACUACCGUAUUAUCAACCAUGGCCAAAAGUUGCUGCUGCUGACCACGCACACCCCGCAGUGGAGAAAGAACCAGCUGACCGUGUAUGAGUAUGAUGUCACAGAAGACCGCUGGACUAACAUAGGCGCCAAGUUAGGCCUCUUGCAGUUUGACUCCAAUUUUUUCUGUGCCUCUGCUCGAGUUUUUCCUUCUUGCCUUGAACCUGGCCAGAGUUUCAUCACCGAGGUAGAGGAGAUCCGGACCCAUUCCAAUAUUGAAUGGGAGAUAGGUGGAAUCAGCGAGUUGGACUCUGAGUCAGGAAGUUCAAGUUCUUUAUCUGAUGAUGAUAUCUGGUUGAGGCUAGGGCCUCCCUAAAAAGCACAGGGCUAUGUGUAGAAGUAGACACAUUGAAGUGUUUCUGCUGUGAAAAGUAUUUUUCCAAAAUAGGUUUUCCCUUUCCUGAGGAGUGGGGAGAAAGAUGAUUAGCUGCAGUUUAGUUUUGAAAAGGCAUUGGUUGAAAUACUGAUAUAAUCAUCUUAGCACUCCAGGAAAUCAACCUAUUUAGUAAUUUACUGUACCAAAAGGUUGAGUUAAUUUAAUUGGGUAGUAUGUUAACUUUUCCCUAUCCUAAGUUAGCCUUCUAUUAAUUUUUGUGUUCAUUUUAGUCUCACAAAAAGUGUAACGUUUGAAAUAUCAUUUUUAUACUCCCCCUAACUGCCAUCAAGUGGAUUCCAACUCAUAUAGGACAAAGUACAAUACAAGUGCUCUUGGGUUUCCAAAACUGUAAAUCUUUACAGUGACAGCCAGCUUCAUCUUCCUCUAGCAGGGAUGGUGGAUUUGAACCACCCACCUCUGGUUAGGAGCCCAAUGAAGAACCCUCUUCAAAACCAGAAAACUCAUUGCAGUUGGAAUUGCUGAAGUGUGUAUUUUCCUUCAAAACAAUCUUGUCAAUUUCCAAAAAAAUGUAAACAUGGUUUCUGUGCUGUUCAUUUACAAAAUGCAUUCUAAGUUAAAUAGUUUGCUAAGUUUUAUUUUGAUUGUCUCACUUUCUGCAAAGGGGGAAAAAAUAGGAUACCAUAUGUCUUAAGUAUUCAGAUUAACCAUAAACUAUAAAUAAAUGUAGGAUUCCAUUUGAAGUUUUAGAUUAAUUUUGGAAUAUAAAAUAUUUACUUUCUGAAAUGUACCAAUUUUCCAUUAGAAAGAAUUAUAUUCUAGUAAUGUCACCUAAUAUUUAAAAAACUUUUCUAAAAAGCAAAAAAUAUCUUGGCAGGUUUAUAUUUUUGAUGAUGUAUAAACUGUAGAGAUUUUACAGCUUUGGAAACCCUAUGUAGGGUCACUAUGAGAAUCCACUUGAUGGCAGUAGGUUUUUUGUUGUUUUUUUAAAAUAUCUGAUACAUACUUAAGUAAAUCAGAGAAAUAAUGAUUUUUUUUCACUGAACAUAUGAUUGUGUAAAAUUUUAUCCAUUGCCUUGUCUUAAAAAAUUUAUAUGAUUCCUAAAGUAUUUUGGCUGUGUAGUUUUGGUGUUCAGCAUAGAGGACUCUUCAGCAAGAAAUGAUUUAUUCUUUACUAUUUGGGAGGCAAUGUAUGUUUUAUAAAUAUUGAUAAGCUAAAAACAGUAUUUUAUUGAGAUCAUUAGUUUUUGUGUUUAUCAGCUCUGAAAUUAAGUGCCAGCAAAGAACUUUAUAUCUUUAACCUUUGUAAAGAAUUGUUUCGUGCAGCCUUGAAAUUAUCUGUAAGUCACUGUUCUUGUUCUUGAUUGGGGUUAGUGUAUUUUUAUGCCAGAUGAUAAAAAGUUAAAGAUCCAAAAUGAGUGAUAUAUUUCCUCUAAUAUAUUUCCCUAGCAUUACACAGUCUGGCAUUUGUAUCUGUUCUGUACUUCUCUGUGUACUAUACUCCUGUCUUGUUUUUGGUCUCUGCUUUAUCACCAAGUGUAAUGAAAAGCCCAGGAAUAAAAGGCUAAAUUGCCCCAAACUGACAUUGUUAGCUACAAGAAAAUAUAGGUGCGUUCCUUCUGAGGCUUUGUUAAUACAUAUAGUUGUCACAAUAAAUGUACAUGAUUAAUGGUCAUAUGCUUAUGGUCUAAUAACGUUUUUAUCCAGUUAGAAAGAUCUUCCCUCUUCCAGGUUAAUUCUCUCGUGACACAAGGCUCUCAUUUCUUUCACACUGGCAGAGUACAGAAACAUGUGGCCCAGUGUGGGAAACCUGGCUUUUGAUUGAAGUGUCACAGGGUGGAAAUAGAGAGUGGGGGAGACAAGGGAGCUUUAAAAAAUAGUAGUAACUUUUGGGGGCCAUUUUAUUGUCCAUGUGAAGUGUCUGCGGGACAUUCCUGUGUAGCUUUCUUUUUAGUGAAGUGAGUUGCUUGCGCUAGCCAUAUGCGUUCCUUCAGAGAGUGAACCAUGCUUCCGUGGCCUAAAACUAAAUUUUAUUCCACUUGUUACCAGAGAUGUUUUAAGCAUAGAGAGCUAUUUCACAGUACCAUCUGUUUUUUCUUGGCCAACUUUUUCUUCACCACUAAUUGCUUGCUGAUAGCUUUUUGUUUGUCAGGUUGAACUAUCAGGCAAUGCUCAUCUCAAGCAGAUUAUCCAUCUAUAGAAUGAAGGCAUUGCAGCCAGUUUAUAAGGAAACAAAUGUCUUAUUUGUUGUUCUCAACCUUGGAGCUAAAGCCUGAAGCUAAAUAGUAGUAAUAUGUUCCUUUACAGUGUGGUUUUCUUGGGAAGAAUUUUGACUUCAUAACAUGUUGGUGAAUUAGAAAAUGGGUGUUAACAAUUAUUUUAUUUUAUAGAUAUGUGAUUUGUAUGUGGUUAGUUGCAAAUAAAGUUGGUAGUAAAACUAAGCAGGCCUCUUGCCA